AAACAGUGUCGGGGCGCGGAGUGUGUGUUGUGCUGUGUUCCAAAUCUGAAAAGUUCUUCGCGGAGAAAGAAAGGCGAACGAAAACUUUCAAGAAUCGGUGGCUUCGGAAAGCUUAGCGAAAAGAGCGAUCAACUAGCGGAAGCAAACACCAAUCGUUGUCAAGCUUGCAGAUUUCCAAUUUCCAUCACCCAUUUUAAUGAGACUUGUGUUGUGGCUACGGAAUAUAAGUGCGUUUCGCUCGGUUCGGUUAUCAUUUUUUUAAGUUGCAUUUGAUACGAGUGCUAAAGCCAGGCGGCAAAUGAGCCGAUAAAACAAGAUGUAAGGGGUAAAGGGCGGAUCCCACUACUAGACAGAACCCAUCGGCAAUUCUCACGGCUCCGCAGCCGCCACAGUGCGGGGCUAAUCAUCUCUAAAUAAACGCUUAAAAGCUUUGGCCGUUCUCUGUUGCCUGGUCAUGCCUCUUGGCCAUCCUACGAACAGCCAGAACAAUUUGACAUUUUUAAAAUCAAAUUACAAAUUCAAACGCAGAGACAUGCCGACGAUCUGCGCACUUCCUGUGGCCAGCGCAACAGCGGAAGCGCGUACACCGCGUACACUGCCACAAUUGGCAACAAUGUCAAAGACGUCAGCAGCUUCAGCUUCAGCAUCAGCAUCAGAAUCAGAAUCAGCCGCAGCAACGGCAGUGGCAGUGGCAGUGGCAUCGGCAUCGGCAUCGGCGACAACUACUAGCCACAAAAGUAGAACAAUUCUAAGUUUAUUUAUAGUAAUCGCAUGGAACUCUCUGCAAGAGGCGGCCACUGGCGGGAAUGACGAUGGCUGUGGCAGGGCUGCUGCCGGCCAUGGGCGUGACGUCAAUGCUGUCCGAGUGAGACACAUACGCACGCCCGGUACUCGCGAUCCCAUUGACGAGGUGUCAAAGGCACGAGAAAACCAUAAGCAACAGCAACAAGGUAUACAGGAACAGCCAACUAGGUCCAGUCUACGUCUAAAUCUGCAUCGGAAAAGGAGCUACCUGAUCCUGAGAGCCACAUCUCGGGCGUUGUCGAUGGCUCUGUUUGCCGCUGGAUUGAUGCUACUGAAUAUGCGCCUGGCGGCGGCUGGCACCUGCUGGCAGACCCACAUGGGUACCGGCAAGUGCAGCCAAAUCUUCUCCACGAACAUCACCCAGUCGGAAUGUUGUGGCGCCAGCCAGACCUUCUCCUACACCGAUCGCGAGCUGAGCAGCGUGGAGUACUUCUUCGCGACAGCAAUCGGAGGCGGCGUCGAGUGCGCACCGUGCAUUGAGAACUGUAAGGGCUUCAAAUGUGGACCAAACAAAAAGUGCGUCAAGCGCAAGGGACGGCCCAAGUGCGUGUGUGCACCCGAGUGUGGGGCAGCGCUGCGUCGAAGGCAGCACGAGAAGCUGUGGAAGAAGUCGCCCACAGUGACAGUGACACUGACAGUGCCUCCACGUGGCUCACGUAGUCUAAGUAGCGAAAGUAUCAACAGCAACCCCAUCGCUGACAACCAAAGAAAGCAUCAACAGCGUCACGAACAAGAACAAGAAAUGCAACAGAUUCAAUGGCGCCAGAGUCGCAAAAGGGCGCAGGGCGAGACGAAGCCCAGAAGACUUUUGGUUAUAGGCAGCAGCAGCAGCAAUAGGAAUUCGCAAGAGCAGCCCACGACCAGGCGCAGCGGCGGCAGAGUGGAAAUGACGGCCUAUGAGAGGCGCAGACACAGAAAUACCCAAGGCAAACACUUUACGAGAUCAAUGACGACAGGAGCCAACGACUCGUCCCAACCAGACAAGACGCCUGCGCAGGCGACGCUCUCUGCCCCUGUCUCUGCCCCUGCCCCUGUCUCUGUCUCGACUCCAGCUCCGGCUCAGUCUAGACACAAUUUUGCAAAUGCUAAUGAACCCGCCAACGACAGUAAUAGUAACAGGCAGUACCAGAAGCUAGACAAUGCCACGUUCAGGCACCACCAAGCCAGCACAAGCACCAGCACAAGCACCAGCACCAGCACCAGACGUAUGGAGAAUGCACCAAAUCAUGACAAUGGGCAGCGAGAGCCGCGAAGGCAUCGGCCGAAGCACAGGUCAGGCAAGGAUCGUGAACGGCACGAACAGCGCUUUGGAGCGGCCCCAGCAGAAGAUUCAGAAGUGGAAGCAGAAGCUGAAGUUGAUGCGAGCACCGCAGCAACAUCUAUGCUGACGGCGAAUACCACAAUGUCUGGAGCACAGACGCAGGCGCAGACGCGUCGUCUGUACUUGGGCGAACACGGAAGUGAAAUGACUGCGUCAUCAGUGGCUACUGCUGCUGCGGACAGCCACAGCAUCGACCAUGGCCACUUGGCUAAUGCCGGUGACUUGGCUUUUCUGGGUGGAAUUUAUGAGCCUGUGCUGACGAAGCAGCAGCAGCAGCAGCAGCAGCACAAGAAUCCGGUUUGCGGCACCGACGGACGCACCUACAACACCGAGUGCCAGCUGCGCAAGCGCGCCUGUCGCACAAGCAACGCCCAACUGGAGGUCGCCUAUCGGGGCCACUGCAAGAGCAGCUGUAGGGGAGUGCAGUGCUUGAAUGGCCUCACUUGCGUGGAGGAUCAGUACUUGACGCCGCACUGCAUUCCCUGCAAAAUCGAGUGUCCCUGGGAGGUGGAGGAGGAGGAGGAUGGACACGCCCCAGAUGCAAAGCAGGCGGUGUGCGGUGUCGACGGCAAGACAUACAGGAGCGUUUGUGAUAUAAAUCGAAUGAUUUGCAAAAUUGGACGUUCCAUCGCAGUGGCAUACUCGGGACCCUGUCGUGCGGACCACGCUGGCUGCGAUGAUAUCGUAUGUGGCCCGAAUAAUACUUGCUUGGUGGAUCUGCAGACGCGCCUACCACGCUGCGUGUCCUGUCGGUACAAUUGCCCGCGGAAACAGCAGCGACCGGUGCACAAAAUAUGCGGAUUCAACAACCACACGUACAGCUCGUGGUGCGAGAUACAUCAGCACUCCUGCACAACCGGGUUCUUCAUAGGUGUCAAGGCCGUGGGGAGCUGUUAGAGCAGAGCCACAAAGGAAGCAUUUCCAUAUUAAUAUCAUAGUAAAUGACAUAGAAGGCGCUAUGUGGGGAAGUAUAUAGUUGUAGCGCAUUUCUACGCUGGGUCCUGUUCCACAGUUCCAGCAUCCAAAGAUUCUCGUUGAGCGUUUAGUGUUGUAAGCGGUGGAUGGCCCAAGGUGGUUGACUUACUGUCCAAACUGCCCAAACUGU